CCCUUGUACCCUUCCACCUACGCGUGCGGUCUCUAUCUUCAGGUCAUUAAGCGAGGAGAAGAAUUAGAAGAAGUCGUGCAACGUAGUUAAAAUGCGAAUAACUCCCUGCUUGUAGGGGCCGGACUAGCGCUUUGCAAAGCGGACGUUCUUGAAUAUGCCAGGGCGCUUAUGAGUAGCUGCAACGACUUGCAGUUUAGAAUUCCGUCAAAGACGAGUUGCUUAUGAUUGGCUUGUUCACGCAGGUUUCCCAGAGUCUUUCUAUAGCCAAUCGGAGCUCAGGACUUCCUGGGAUCUCGUCUACUGGGAGGAAGAGGCUCGCCUUUAGGGAGGGGUGGUAGGCAGGGGAGAGAAGACUUAGAGGAGCACGCAAGGAUGAACAUUAAGAGAGUGUGCCUGCUAACGCUUCUCCUGGCACUGGCACAGUUGGCUCUUCUGGCAAGCUGUCAAGACGAGGAGCGAAGGGAAGCAGAUGCUGUUACCAAAGAGGAGGCCGGAGAAGAGGAGGAGGAGGAGGAGGAGGAGGAGGAUGAAGAUGACGAUUCAGAAGUAAAAGAGGAAAAUGGUGUUCUGGUGUUGAAUGAUGAAAACUUUGAUACUUUUGUUGAAGGCAAAGAUACUGUUCUUCUGGAGUUCUAUGCCCCAUGGUGUGGGCACUGCAAGCAGUUUGCUCCCGAAUAUGAAAAAAUAGCCAAAGUGCUGAAAGAAAAUGAUCCUCCCAUCCCAGUUGCCAAAAUAGAUGCUACAUCAGCUUCUGCCGUUUCAGGCCGCUUUGAUGUUAGUGGUUACCCAACCAUCAAGAUCCUAAAGAAGGGUCAGCCUGUGGAUUAUGAAGGCUCAAGAACAGAAGCAGAAAUUGUGGCUAAAGUGAAAGAAGUUUCACAGCCAGAUUGGGUUCCUCCUCCUGAAGCAACAUUAGUGUUGACCAAAGAUAACUUUGAUGAAACAGUAAAUGAGGCUGACAUAAUUCUAGUUGAAUUCUAUGCUCCAUGGUGUGGACAUUGCAAAAGAUUAGCUCCAGAAUAUGAGAAAGCAGCUAAGGAGCUUAGCAAACGUACCCCUCCUAUCCCCCUUGCAAAAGUUGAUGCUAUAGCUGAAACUGAUCUUGCAAAGAGAUUUGAUGUGUCUGGAUACCCAACUCUCAAGAUCUUUCGCAAGGGCAAACCUUUUGACUAUAAUGGCCCAAGAGAAAAAUACGGAAUUGUUGAUUAUAUGACAGAACAGGCUGGCCCUCCAUCCAAACAAGUACAGGCUACCAAACAGGUACAAGAAUUCUUGAAAGAUGGGGAUGAUGUCAUCAUCAUUGGGGUGUUUAAAGGAGACCAGGACCCAGCCUACCAACUGUAUCAAGAUGCUGCUAACAAUAUGAGAGAAGAAUACAAGUUCCAUCAUACGUUCAGCAAAGAAAUCAUCAACUUUUUGAAAGUUGAUUCUGGGAAAGUGGUGGUGAUGCAGCCUGAAAAAUUUCAAUCAAAAUAUGAGCCUAAAAUGCAUGUUUUGGAUAUUCAAGAAUCCACUGAUGUUGAUAAAGUGAAAAGCCAUGUUUUAAAAUACGCCUUACCUCUUGUUGGUCAUCGUAAGACUACCAAUGAUGCUAAGAGAUACACUAAGAAACCUUUGGUGGUCGUUUACUAUACUGUAGAUUUCAGUUUUGAUUAUCGUGUUGCUACUCAGUACUGGCGAAACAAAGUAUUAGAGGUGGCUAAGGACUUUCCAGAGUAUACUUUUGCAAUUGCUGAUGAAGACGACUAUUCUUCCGAGAUCAAGGAUCUUGGACUGAUAGACAGUGGAGAGGAUGUAAAUGCUGCCAUCUUUGAUGAAGGGGGCAAGAAAUAUGCCAUGGAACCAGAAGAGUUUGAUUCUGAUGUGCUGAGGAAAUUUGUUCUGUUAUUCAAAAAAGGUAAGCUGAAACCCAUUGUGAAAUCCCAGCCAGUACCAAAAAAUAACAAGGGUCCUGUGAAGAUUGUUGUUGGUAAAACAUUUGAAUCCAUAGUGAUGGAUCCGAAUGCGGAUGUUCUCAUUGAAUUUUACGCUCCCUGGUGUGGACACUGCAAGAAACUUGAGCCCAUCUAUACUGAGCUGGGUAAAAAAUACAAGAACCAGAAAAAUCUGGUCAUUGCCAAAAUGGAUGCUACUGCAAAUGAUGUCCCCAGUGACAAGUACAAAACAGAAGGAUUCCCCACCAUCUAUUUUGCUCCGAGCAACAAAAAGAAGAAUCCUAUUAAAUUUGAAAGUGGGGAAAGAGAUUUGGAGAGCUUGAGCAAAUUUGUAGAAGAACAUUCUACCAAGCUAAGCAGGACGAAAGAAGAACUUUAGGUGCAGCGAGGAUCAUGUUUAACAGGGUCAUUGCAAAGUUACUGAAAGGUUGAUUGGGGGAACAGUGCAGCGUCUGGAGCAAAGGGGAUUUGAGGUAGCAAAACUGCAGUAUGAGAUUUUUGUAUUACAAAACAAAUCUGAACACUGAACUUUUUGAUGUGAAUGUUUUUUAUUAGUUUACUGGUUUUGAUUGGUGGAAAAAUAUAUUUUUUGUGACUGACUUGAACUUGAUUUUUUCUCCCUAUUCCAAAGCAAAGCUUUUAUAAUACCUUAACAGUUAUCAAACAAAUCUUGGCCAAACAAGGUUGUGUCUCUUUAUUAGUAUUAAAAUGGGGAAGUAUAACUAAGAAUUGGUUCUUCUGUGCUUUGCCAGACAUGUGGCAGUUUAUGCUUCCAGGUCUUUUACUUUGUAUGUCUUCAUUCAGAAAAAUAAUUCUAAAUGAAA